AUGGAAAAAGAGUUGCGAGCCGUUAAAGAGACUCUUGCUGAUGUUGAGAAAGUCAAAGAUAUGGCCAAUAAAGCGACUAUUCUUCAGCAGUACCUCUCCGCGCGAACAGAGCAUUUUUCGGAAAACCAGAACAGUGGAGGAUACACCGCAUCCCAAUCUGCCCCAAUAACCAGAACUCUUAAUGAAGGUGGCUCCAACGCCCUUAAUGACGAGGAAAUUCAGCCGUAUCCUGAGUCCGAAAUUAUGGCAAACCAGGAUGUGGGCGACACCAAUGCAGGCACGCUGUCUUCCCGUUUUGCAAACUCAGUGCUAGCCAAAGGAGGGCAUUUACAUGUUCCCACGCAACGCUUUUCAACGGACUCAGGCCCUGAGCACUCAAAUAAUUCAAACAGUCAAUCUCUUCAAGAACCAUCACUGGGCCCGGUUCCUGCGCAACUUGAACGACUUGAUAAGUCGCUUUCCAGCGAAGCUCAUGAUUAUAAUGCAGAUCAACUUCCUUGCUUUCCCGACUCGCGCGUUCAUUCUGGAGACAGACCCAGCCCCUCCAAACCGACGAUAACAAGGGCAAACACAUCGCCGAGAAUUGCCUUCACUGCUAACAACAAGUACGGAGAUGUUACCACACCGACAUCUAAUCAGGAAUCAUUUGCCCAGACAAGCGAGAGGAGAUGGAUACCUAUUUUCAUCCAGAGAUUAAUCAAAGCAAUAAAUGACCCGCGAAAUGAGGGGAUGAUACGGUGGUCGGAAGACGGAAAUACAGUGCUCAUCGUCGAUGAGCAGGAGUUAAUUACGAAAUUGCUUCCCACAUUCAAUACGACCACUUACGCGUCCUUUACUCAACAGCUAAACACGCACGGUUUCCGCCGAGUUGAGCAAGGAUAUGAGAAUCCACUAUUCAAACGAGACCGUCCUGAUGCUAUCUGCUUAAUCCGAAGAAAGGAUAGUAAGUCUCAGCCACCGUCUUACUUUAAUUCUGGAACGCUGUCACCUUCGGACGUCGCAAAUCCGCAGAGCCAAAGCUCUCCGAUUGUGCCAGAAAGGCUGGGAAUCCAUGGCGGCGGAUGGUCGACACCAAGCAACACACAAACUUCCAGCGUACAGAAUGACGCCUCGAGCGGAAGGGUCUCCCGUGGUGUCAAUUAUAAGGUGAUCAGAAAACGAAGAAGGCAGACAUAG